GAGAGGGUCAGAGAAUCUCUGGCAAGGCAGCCACAGCUACACAGACAAGGCAGAGCAGAGAAAACAAACAACAGAAGAUGAAGAGCAGAUAAAAUGGAGAACAAUGACAGUACAGCAGCAGGAGGGGAGACUGAAUCUGAAACCAAACCUGUUUCCUGUGGGACAAAUGAUGAAGUCCAGAUGGAGGAAACUAAAGCUGACACAGAGUAUGAUCCAGUGAAUAAUUCUCAUGAUGCUCAACCAUCUGAGAAGAGAGAUGACAUAGAGCAGGAGACUGAAACCAAGUCUGGAUCAGAGGCAACUACUGACAAAGUGAUGGCUGAACUCACACUUGUGUUAAUUGGUGACACAAACUCCAUCGAGAUUGGAUCGCAGAACUUCCUGCUUGACCAUGAUGAGCAAACAAACGUGGAGCAGUUUUCAUCCAAACUUUACGAUUUAUGUGGUCGACCAAUCUGUGUAAUUAACAUGCUUGGUCUGCCAAACGUUGAAAAAAUCCCAUUAAAUCAGGCAGUUUAUGUCUUUCUCCUGCUGAUACCAAAUGGCCAGCACAGCAUCCAUUACAGAUCAGGAAUAGAGUGGUUAGAAAGAACUUCUGGGAAAGAAUGUCUUUCUUAUGUUAUGACAGUCCUGACUCAUAAGUCAGAUGAAAAAUGUGAAAAUGCACUUGCAGACCUGAAAGCAAAUCACAGUUUUGAUGAUAAAAGAUACCACACAUGUACAAGAAGUAUGAUAGCUGUAAAUGAGAUAGUAGCACUGUUGGAAAAAAUAGAUGCAAUGAUCUCUGAAAACAACCCACAACGUGACAAGAGACAGAUGUUUGCAGUGAAUGAAGAGGAGAAACUGCAGCAGGACCACAAAUCCCAGAAAGAAGAAUGGGGAGGAACAUCAAAAGAAGUGAUGGAGACUGCAGCUGAAAUCAAGUUGAAGUGCAAUCCACCAAAUGAACAUUGUGAUGAUGAAUUCUCAGACAAGAACAACGACAACACAAGAGAACAACCUGAAAAAAAGUCUGGACUUAUUGCGCCAAAGGAGACAGUCAUCUGUGAUAUGGAUCUAAGUGGAGGCAAGCAGUCAAGGAAUAUUAAUGAAGAACACGUUGGCACAAAAGCCCAACAGGAAACUGAGAUACUGCUCAACAGACUUCACCUUCAGGACAGCUAUCGACAAAAAAUGUCACCAGCAGACUUUCUUAAAAUAGGUCCACCUGUGAAACAGAACAAUGAAACCUGUGAGAAAGAUUUAGCCCAUACGUUUCUUCAGAGGUUAAUGAUGUUGGAUUACAGAGCCAGAUAUAUCCCUGCAAGACAAGAAAGCUCUGAGGUGAGCCAUGCAGAGGUUCCUCCAGAGUCUGACAGUAUUGAUGCUGAUGACGAUGCAUUUUUGGCCACCAAUGAAGAUUCUAAUCAAUCAAAACAGGCUCAUGUGCACCCAAUGGAUGUCCAAAUGGCCGUAUUUCACUGCUCAGACAGGUUUCUUAAGCAGAACAUGAUCACAAAGAUGUCACAGUGUCAGUAUGCCCUACCUUUGCUCGUUCCUGAUCCUGUCUCAAUGGAUAUUGAGUGUCCUCUGUGGACAUUCAGAAAAAUAACCAAAACAUGGAAGAAAACUCAAGGUGAUCUUAAGACUGUCACCAUGAAGAGCAUGCCAAUCUGCAAAGCUGAGACACCCUUGGUGUCAUUUUUCCGUCUGGGUUCACUGUCUCUGUCUAAAUCUCAGCUGAUGAACACUUUGAUCAACGACCGUCACAGCACCUUCUUCCACAGAAACUGUCCAGGUAGCACCAAAUCUCGUCAUUUAAUGGAUGGUGUGGCAGAGAUUACCUGGUACUGUCCUGCCGGAAGACCCAAUGAUUCCUUCGCUGACUGCGUUGCCUUCUGUAAUCUUCAUGGUGAUUCUCUGUUGAUUGAAAAGCAGCGUGAAAUACUGACUGAAAAAUCUUCAGUCAUUGUUCUUCUGCUUCCAACUCUGGAGAAAAGUGAGAAUAGUUGGACAGUUGUUUCAUCGCUUCUAAAGUCCACAAAACCUCUAAUUUGUCUCAUCGCUGAUAGUGACUGUGGUGCAGUUCAGGCUAAACCAGGAAAAUACAAACUGGGUUUGAAGGACAGAAGCCAGUCAGAUGUUUCUGAACAGCUGAAACAGAUUAUUGGAAAGAUUUUGUGUGGACCACAUACAACCUUCCAGCUUGAAUCUUUGGCCGGGGUCUCUGGGAUCAGAGUGGAUGAAAAUGACUCAGUCUGCCAAAAAGGGAAAUCUGCUGCCAUGAAAAUGGUGAAAAUGAUUGAGGUGAUGGAUAUUUCCAAGAUCAAAGAGAAAUUUCUCCCUUGUCAAGGCCAACUUUGGCAUAAGUGGUGCAGAAUAAACAAAGAGCUGUAUCACCUCAGAGGAAACAUUGAGAAAGAAAAAGAACAGAAGGGAAAACAACUGAUGGAAAUACGACAGAAACAAUGUGAUGCUUCCUGUAGUAAACUGAUGAAGUCAUUCACGAAAAGCCUCCUGAAUCUGCCAUUUAAAGACAAAGAAUAUUUCCUGAAGUGGACUCAGAUCCUAAUAGAUGGACUCUCCACUGAUGAUCUCUCUUCAAUUCUCCAAAACUACGAUGAAACGUGGUCCGAGGUCUUGGAUUUGAAAAAGAAACAUGAUAAAUCCACCCUGUUAAAAGAAAAACAAGAAGAACUUGAACAUUUAUCAAAAAAGCUGCAGUCAGCAACUUUUGGCUUGGAGCACAUCUUCAGAGAAAUGGGUCAGAUCUAUGAAGCCCAUGAGUCUCAGAAGAAACAAGUAGGACACCAGCACACUGACUGGGUUAAAUACCCUGAGCUGGCAGCAGAUCUGAUGAUAUCAGGAUACCCCAUGGAGCUGAUGGACGGUGAUGCAGGUCAUGUUCCAUUAACAUGGAUCUCUAGUCUUUUACAGGAAGUCAUCAAGAAACUGGGUGACCAGAGAGUGUUUGUGUUGUCAGUGUUGGGCGUACAAAGCAGUGGGAAAUCAACAAUGCUGAAUGCCAUGUUUGGAUUGCAGUUUGCAGUGAGUGCUGGCAGGUGCACCAAGGGCGCCUACAUGCAGCUAGUCAAACUUUCUGAUGAAAUUAAGAACGACUACAAGUUUAACUAUGUUCUGGUUGUGGACACUGAAGGACUGCGUGCCCUUGAGUUGGCCGGUAACAUCACUCUUCAUCACGACAAUGAACUGGCAACAUUUGUUGUUGGUGUGGGAAACAUGACAUUGAUCAACAUCUUUGGUGAGAAUCCAGCUGACAUGCAAGAUGUCCUGCAGAUUGUUGUUCAGGCCAUCAUGAGGAUGAAGAAAGUUAAGCUCUCCCCAAGUUGUGUGUUUGUUCACCAGAAUGUCACAGAUGUUGCAGCUGUAGAGAAAAACAUGGACGGAAAGAGACGGUUGCAAGAAAAACUGGACAAGAUGGCUCAACUAGCUGCAGAGGAAGAGGUGUGUGAUGUUGAGUGUUUUAGUGAUGUCAUUGCAUUUGAUGUGCAGAAGGAUGUGAAAUACUUUGCCCAGUUAUGGGAGGGAAGUCCACCUAUGGCGCCUCCAAAUCCUGGUUAUGGUGAGAGUGUCCAAGAACUGAAGAACAUAAUCCUGUCUAAGGCUUCAAAGUCUACAGGAAUCCUUCUGUCACAUUUCAGCAGCAAAAUCCAGGAUCUGUGGAACGCACUGAUGAAUGAACACUUUGUGUUUAGCUUCAAAAACACUCAAGAAAUUGCAGCAUACAGAAGACUUGAGGUCCAGUACGGUAACUGGACCUGGACCCUCAGGAGUGAGAUGCUGAAAAUUGAAAACCAGCUUCAUCUUAGAAUUGUAAAUGGACAGCUCGACAAGAUUGAGAACAGCUAUCUUUCUAAAGAAAUGAACAAAACAUAUGAAGAAUUAAAAAAACAAAUGGUGGCUUACUUUGAGGAUGACAGAGACAAAGAAAUGUUGGUUCAGUGGCGGGGCCAGUUUGAAAACAAAAUUAAGGAGUUUCAUGAGGAGCACAUUAGAGAAGUGAAAAGAAAAUUGGAUGAAGUAAUCCAGCAGAAGAAUGCUCGAAAACAGCUUGACAGCAAGAAGACAGAGUUUGAGAACAAGCUGCUGCAAAAGAGCAAAGAGCUCGCGCAUCAGUUAAAAGAUGUUAUAGAAAAUGAGGAAGAACUCAAAACGCAGUUUGACUCUGUUUGGAGUUACUGGGUAGAUGAACUAACUUCAGAUACAAUACCCAUUAAGGACAUCAACCUGGAAGAAGAUCAGUUUAAUGUCCUUCAAGUCCUUGGGAUUGAAUGGAAUCUCAUCAUGAAGUCAAGAGAAGAAGGAAAAUACAAAAAACUUUCAGAAGUUGGGAAUUACUUUGAUUAUAUAACCUUAAUGAAGUAUUCAGCAAUGGGAAAGGUAUUAGAUUAUGUCCAAGAGAAAACACAUUUUAAAGUGAGUCUUUUAAACCAUGAUGACCAGGAAGAAAUUAGAUCCUUCAUCAACAAUGUGGAACAGGAAUCACUGAAGGUCAUUCAGACCAAACCUGUAGCUACACAAAGCUACACUUCAACUUAUCUACAAGAAGUGGCCAAACAUGUUCAAAAGAAAGUGACGGAUUUUGAAUCAGAGCAAAAGUAUACCUUUAAGAAGGAGUUUACAGUUGAUCUCUUACUGUAUGUUUUUGAUAGCGCAACAAGUUGGCUUUUACAGUCACACAAGAUGUACAAAGAGAACAAUGAUGCCCUCACCUAUUUGAACAGCAAGAAGAAGGAAUAUUACAACAUUUUCAAAAGCUACUGCAAGGGAAGCUCAUCUGUUGUGGUGUUUGGAAAAAUGAUGUGUGAAAGACUGAAGGUUUCAGUUGCUGAAGCCGUCAUUGAUCAGACUGCAGUUGAUCUCGCUGGAGAAAUGAGAUGCAGUCACCCAGCAUUCAAUGGGAACAGACUGAACCUGGAGAAACAUGUGUUGGUGUCACUUGCAGAGAAAGAAGACUUCAGUAAAUACAAAACCUACAUCCAAAAUCCAAGGGAGCAAGUAGAGGCUUUUAUAAUAGAAGAAACGAAGAAAUACAUCUUUACAAAGGAGAAAGAAAAAGCACUGAAAAUACUCAAGAAGAAUGUAGAUGACAUCAAUAAGCUCAUCAAACAAGCUUUAUUUGAAGCAACAGACAAAGUGAAGAAGCAGGAAGGAAACAUAGACAUGUGGGUAAAGGUGUUUUCCUCCUCACUGAACAACAAGCUGACACUUGAUAUCAUUUUUUGUCAAAACUUCAGAGACAUCAACAAUUUUGACUUUCUUAAAGAAAAGUUGGAGAAAGGCCUUAAAACCGUCACUACGAAGAUUAGCCGCCUCCCACUGGAUAAAGUGAUGGAGUGCAGGCAGACACCUGAUCAAAUCCUCAUUGAUCAGCUGUGUAACUGCUGCUGGGAACGCUGUCCUUUCUGUGCAGCUGUUUGCACCAACACCCUGAAGGACCACAGUCCUGAUAAACACAAUGUUCCUUUUCAUCGACCCUCUGGAGUUGAAGGAUGGCACACAAGAGACACAGUGGAUCUGGUCAUUGAUUUCUGCACCACAUUAGUUGGAAGUGACAUGAAAUUCCGCCCCAGACAUGACUCAGAGGAGUCGGUUCCUUAUAAACAAUAUCCGACUGCUGGGGAUCCGUAUGCUUCUUGGAGGAUUACUGCUGAUGAAUCUAAGCUAACAUACUGGAAAUGGUUUGUAUGUCACUUUCAGAAAGAACUGGAGGAAUACUAUGACCUGAAAUUCCAGGGUAGAGGAGAAAUUCCCGAUGAAUGGAGAAACUACACAAGAGAAAAAGCGAUUGAAAGUCUAGAUGAUAUGGUGAAGCAGUAAGAAAACUGCAACCGUUGAUGACUGUAGAUCUGUCUGUUAAAACUAAGUAAGAGAAACAAUUUGCAUGAAGCCUCCAAACUACAUGGAACAUCACCUACUCAGAUAAUCUGAUCAGUAUAUACUAAUUCAUUUCAAUAUGGCUGCGAGCCGAAUGCAACAUGUUAAACACUGAAGUCUUUUUGUUUUGUUCACAGUAAUUUAAAUGUGGCUUGGAGAAAUUCUAGCAAAGCUCAGAAUUAAUAAGUGCUUGAAAAUACAUCAUUUAAAUGUCAAAUACAAUGCAGUUGUUUACAGUUUUAGUAACAUACAGAAGUUUGUUAUGCAUCCAAAGGAUUCAUUAGAGACACAAGAGAGGUUAAUUUUGGGUUUAAAUUACGGUUUAACGAUGAGAUUCGUCAUGAAGGUUUUGGUUUAUAGAAAUAUUUUCUUGUUUAAAAAGAUAAUGAGGAUUCAACAUGUCUAUGUUUCAAAGAGAGACUGAAAUAAUUAUUUCUGAUUUGUCUUUAAUGUGCAGUUUCUGAAUAAACUUUGAUAUUAGCU